UACACAGUGUGAAGGGAAAUUCUCUCCAGCAUGUAACUGGCAUUACCUAAAACCAAACAUGGAGGUUUAUUGUUUAUGUUUUCUUAUUCGGUGUUGAUAUAUUCUAUGUAUAAUUUUGUGAAUGUUUUCUUGUUUAUUUUCUUUAAUGUGUAGGAAUUAAUUUGCUUUAAACGCAAGCAAUGUCGGAACAUGAUUUACCUAGUUUAAUUGCAAAGCAGCGGCAGUUACUUAUAGAAGAAUCCAUUAUAUUAGAUGUUCUAAAAAAAGUGAGGGAUGAGAUGCAUAAAUUACAGGUUGAGCAGUUGCAGCUUGACAGCAUGAUAAUGGCAGAAGAUGGAAAUAAAGAAAGAUAUUCCAGGAAAAACGUUCCUGCACUGAUGACAGACAUGGAUUCAACAGAGAAAGUAAAUCAAGAAAAACUGGAUCUGUCUGUUACUUCAUCCUUGAAAAAAAUGUUGGAUGGCCAGUUUCAUGCAGAGCAAGAAGAGGAGGAGGAGGAAGAAGAAGAGAAUUAUACCGAGACUGGCAUUCAUGACUUUAUUUUACCUUUGUAAUUUUGUACUUCAUAGAAAAAGAUAAAUGAUCACGUAAUACAGACAUCAACUUAAAAUAACAGAUAAGGCAUGAGCUACAGUAAAGAGACUCUAUAAUCAAAAGACAAUCUGUUAUGUGUAGUGCAAACACUUUUACUUGUAAAGGUGAUGCAUAAUGUGUGUACUUGUACAAAGCAAACUACUUCAGAAAUAUUAAAAAAUACCAGAAGGAA